CAUUUACUGCUAAGAUGAAAUGCAGAAAUGAAAACCACACAUCCGUUUUAGUGUUCUCAGAUGUGAUUAGAUGUACUUUAUCGUGUUUUUAUGCUACUGACCUAUAAGAAAAAAAUAUUAACAAAGGGUAACAGUUAAACAGCUAGGACCUGCAACCUCGAUGCUUCUGGGAUGAACUGGAAAAUCACAAGGAGAGCUUUCAGUACAGCCUGUUCACACCUCAUCUGAGCCCUCAGCCGAGACUCAUACACAUAUCCUUCAUCGGCAGCUGUCACCAGACGCUGUACCUCCCAGGAUGGCGGACAGUCUCCCGACAGAGUUUGAUGUGGUCAUAAUAGGGACGGGUUUGCCUGAAUCCAUCCUUGCAGCCGCAUGUUCAAGAAGUGGUCAGAGGGUUCUGCAUCUUGAUUCGAGAAGUUAUUAUGGAGGAAACUGGGCUAGUUUCAGCUUUUCAGGGUUGCUCUCCUGGUUGAAGGAGUGUCAGCAAAACAGUGACUUUGGGGAAGAAAGUGCUGCUGUGUGGCAGGACCUGAUCCGUGAAACAGAAGCAGCCAUCACUCUUUGCAGGAAGGAUGAAAUCAUUCAACACACGGAAGUGUUUUGUUAUGCCAGUCAGGAUGUGGAUGACAAUAUGGAAGAGACUGAUGCUCUACAGAGAACUCCUUCCUCGGAAGCGUCCAGUACCCUCACUAAACCUCCAGAUUCGGCAUGCUUGGCUGCAGAAACACACCAUGUUACAAGCUAUGAAAUGCCUGCCAAAGACACUGCAAAAAAUGUUGGAAAGAUUUCACUAGAAGUCACUGAUGUAGAGGAAACCCUAGUGAAAGAAAGUAAUUGUGGAGAUAAAACUUGUAUACACACAGUUUCAGAUGGAGAUAAAGAUGAAAACAAACCUGUAGUGAAAGACAACACUGAUCAACCAAAGAGAAAUAGCAUUACUUACUCUCAAAUAGUUAAAGAAGGCAGGAGAUUUAAUAUUGAUUUGGUGUCAAAGCUGCUAUAUUCUCAAGGAUUACUAAUUGAUCUUUUGAUUAAAUCAAAUGUUAGUCAUUAUGCAGAAUUUAAAAAUGUCACUAGGAUUCUUACAUUUCGAGAAGGAAAAGUAGAACAGGUGCCUUGUUCCAGAGCAGAUGUCUUUAAUAGCAAAGCACUCACUAUGGUUGAAAAGAGGAUGCUAAUGAAAUUUCUUACAUUUUGUGUAGACUAUGAACAACACCCUGAUGAAUACCAAGCUUUCAUGCAAUGCUCAUUUUCAGAGUACUUAAAAACUAAAAAAUUAACCGCCAGCCUCCAACAUUUUGUACUACACUCAAUUGCAAUGACAGAGUCAUCUUGCACUACAAUAGAUGGCCUUAAAGCAACAAAAAACUUCCUUCAGUGUCUUGGACGAUUCGGAAACACCCCCUUCUUAUUCCCCUUGUAUGGCCAAGGAGAAAUUCCCCAGUGUUUCUGCAGGAUGUGUGCAGUUUUUGGUGGAAUCUAUUGUCUUCGCCAUAAAGUACAAUGCUUUGUAGUUGACAAAGAGUCUGGAAGAUGUAAAGCAAUCAUAGAUCACUUUGGCCAAAGAAUAAAUGCUAAAUAUUUUAUUGUGGAGGACAGUUACCUUUCAGAGGACACGUGCUCAAAUGUGCGUUAUAAGCAGAUCUCCAGGGCAGUGCUCAUUACAGAUCAGUCUAUACUAAAGACAGAUUCAGAUCAACAGAUUUCCAUUUUGAUAGUGCCUCCAGCAGAACCAGGAACUUGUGCUGUUCGGGUCAUUGAGUUAUGUUCUUCAACCAUGACAUGCAUGAAAGACACUUAUCUGGUACACCUGACCUGUUCAUCUUCUAAAACAGCAAGAGAGGACUUAGAAUCAGUGGUGAAGAAAUUAUUCAUUCCAUAUGGUGAAACAGAAAUAGACAAGGAAGAAGUUACAAAGCCAAGACUCUUGUGGGCUCUGUAUUUUAACAUGAGAGAUUCCUCAGGAAUCAGCAGAAGCUCCUAUAAUGGCUUACCUUCCAACAUUUAUGUCUGCUCUGGGCCUGACUGUGGACUGGGAAAUGAGCAUGCAGUCAGGCAAGCUCAGACACUUUUCCAGGAGAUCUUUCCAAGUGAAGAAUUCUGCCCCCCACCUCCAAAUCCAGACGACAUUAUCUUUGAUGGUGAUGACAAGCAACCAGAGGCUCCUGGAACCAAAAAUAUAAUAAUUGCCAAACUAGAAUCCUCUGAGGAAUGCAAAAACCUAGAAAGCCCAGGAAAGCACCUUCAAAAUUAGAAAAGAGCAAACUGGAAAGGCUACUUUGGGCCUUCAUUUUGACAUCAGAAUAUGAAUUAUUAGAAGUGGUUAUAUGAUGAAUGCUAUGCAGACGUUGUCUUUAAUUCUCUUUGAGACAUUCAGUCAUUGGACGCUUUGUUAACCUAUCAGUAACUGAUUUAUUGGUUAUUGGACUUCUGUUUGUUUCAGAAUGGGCUCCAUGAUUCAGCAUCUUAAACAGGGUUAGCUUUAUUUUAGUAUUGGGUAUAUAUGUGAGGGUUCCGUAUUAGGAGCUGUGCUUAAAGGAAGGUAAUAUUGUAUCUGCUAAUGAUCUUCAGAUUUUAUUGUCUACAAUAACAACAAUAUCUAAGGAAUAUUUUAAUUACUUUGUAGCUAUUACAGUUGCUACCACCUCUGAAUAGUGAAACACAGUAAAUUUUGUGGAUCUUUCAUGUAUAAUAUAAACAUACAGACAAGGUGGUAGCAAUAGCAACUAAUGCAAGUGCCAGUAUGAUAAAAUACAUUUGUUUGUAACUGUUAAAAGAUUAGCUUUGCAUGAUCCUUUAUUUGUGAAGGUCUGAUGUUUACAGUACAUCUUGCAGCUUAAUUCGCCUACUUGAUGCUUGUAACCAAUGAGGCAGUGACGCCACCACAGUCUUCUGCAUUACGGAGUUGGAGAGUUCAGUUGGUAGUUGAAGAGCUCAUUCUUGGGAAGCUCAUUCCAAAGAAGAUCUAGGGGAUAAGAUUAGUUCUGGUUUAACACUUCAGAAAAUUUCUGCAGAGCCCUGCUCUGGCACCUAAAAGAAAAGAACUUCCAACAGGUAGCUCACGCUGAAAGAAAAAUUAAAUUGCCCCAGGAAAAGAUGCUUCAGAACAGCUGUUCUGAAAUUCCUAAGGAGAAAGUGAGGGAGGCAUUUCUGACCUGGGAUGGAUUUCCCAAGGUUUCUCAGGAGGGUGAACAAGUCCACCUUGUUGGCUAUACCACUUCAAUCAGCAACACUCACUACAGCUGAUAGGAGAGAAUCAAAGGAGGCUUUACCAUGUCCCUUUGGUUGUGUCCCACAAAUAGUGAGGUAACCGCCUUCAUUGCUUCUGCCUCUUGGCUGUAAUCCAGAGAAUGGAAACAUUUUUUUCCCCAGAACCACCAGAAGUCAUAAAACUGGUUGUACUGCAGUGGUGAAAGCCUGUGGAGCUGUCGGUUCCCUUUAGACCACUAUUUCCAUUCUUCAGACAGAGAAUGAUAAUCCUAUAGGAAGAGAGCCCUUCAAUGACAAUUUUUGUUCUGGAAUAGAGCAUUUACUGUGUAAAUAACUCAUUACAGUUUUUCUCAACAACCCCAUGAGGCAGAUGUUAUUGAGUACAUUUUCAAAGAGGAGAUAAUAAUGUACUCAGAGUCUGGUAUGUGGAAUAGCCAAGACCAGAAUCCAGGCUUUCAUGAUUUCAAGCUCUUUCCACUAACGCUAACUGUUAAAAGAGAGCAAGUUCUGUAGGACAGGGAAAGGUGCUCAGGAAAAUCAGUCCAGCGUUGCUGGUGAAGCAAAGGGGACAGACGCUGGUGUCUCUGCUUAUUGAAUCAGAGAAAUGUGAAGAUUAAGAUUACUUAAAAAUAUAGUUUAGAGCUGUGGAUCUCAUUGAAGCAGAAUUUGGCUAAAUUUUAACAAAAUAAUGCUUUUUAAUGUACCUUUUGAUCUGAACAUCUCAUAAAAAAAUACAGAUGUUACUAGGCCAAAAUAUACUCUGAAUAGUCUUUUGUGCUCUUCUAUAUGUCAGGAAAAUGAAACAAGAAAGACUUAAGUAAUUUACAGCUUACUGAAAGUAGAGAAGUCUCAUAUUAAUUUGUAUUAAUAUUUAUAUAUAUAUUUUUUGCAUAUAGCAAAGUGGUAUUAUUGGGUGGAUCCUAAGAUUUAACCUAUAAAAACAACUGAAAUGCCUGAAAUAGACCUAAGAAAUGGUCAUUAAAAUGAAAAAAAAAUUUAAGAUGAUAAAUAAAAUGGAGGUUAAGGUAAUCCGGACGUAUUGAAAAAAAUUUCAAUUUCAGUAUCAUGAAUAUUCUUAUUCAUAAAAAUUAGAGAAAAGAAACAGUGAGAAGUUGCAAAAGGUGGUAGAGCCAAACAGGAAAAAGGUGUUAGAGCAGUCCAAAAUAAGGAUUGUUUUAAAAACUAACAAAAUGAAUAUAUUGCUUUCUUUGUGUGUGUGUGUGAAGAAGAUCAGCACUGUGCUAACAUCUGCCAAUUCUCCUCUUUUUUUGCUGAGAAAGACUGGCCCGGGGCUAACCUCCAUGCCCAUCUUCCUCCACUUUUUUUACAUGGGAUGCCGCCACAGCAUGGCUUGCCAAGCGCUGCGUUGGUGCGCACCCAGGAUCCGAACCAGCAAACCCCGGGCCGCUUCAGCGGGGCACGUGCACUUAACUGCUUGCGCCACCGGGCUGGCCCCUAUAUUGCUUUCUUGAUUGAAUGCAAAACAACAAAUUGGAAAUGAGAAAGGUUAGAAUCAAUAAAAGGCAUUUAAAAAAUUAAGGGAUACUAUAACCUAGUAUAAUUUUCUGACAAGUUGGAAUUUUACCCUUAUUGGUGAACUUUUUCAGAUGUUCAAAGAAUAAUAUCUAUUUAUAUAUUAUGAAAGAUGAUGUGCUAAUAUUUGCAUUUUGAGGCAAAUAGGGCCUCAAUACUAGAAGUUAAACGUUUUGAAAAGGGUCUCAUUCUGAACAGAUGCAAAAUGCAAAAUAAAAUAUUGACAAAUACACAACAAAUAAAAAUAAUUAUUUCCUGUGCCGGCCCCGUGGCUUAGCGGUUAAGUGCUCACACUCCGCUGCUGCCCGGGUUCGGAUCCGAACGCGCACUGAUGCGCUGCUUCUCUGGCCAUGCUGAGGCCGCGUCCCACGUACAGCAACUAGAAGGAUGUGUAGCUAUGACAUACAACUAUCUACUGGGGCUUUGGGGAAAAAAAGGAGGAGGAUUGGCAAUGGAUGUUAGCUCAGAGCUGGUCUUCCUCAGCAAAAAGAGGAGGAUUAGCAUGGAUGUUAGCUCAGGGCUGAUCUUCCUCACAAAAAAAAAUAAAUAAAAAUUAAAUAAAAAUUAAAAAUAAUAAUAAUUAUUAUUUCCUAUGACUCUGGAUUAUAAGGCUGGUGUUCAAUAUAAUAACCAUUAAAUCAACAUCAACAGAACAAAAUAGUAAAAAUCCAAAGUAUUAACUAAAGAUAACUUAAUCUCAGUAAAAUUCAUCAUACAUAUAUGAUUUAAUUAUCUCUGUAAUGAUUUUGUUGGUUUCUCAUAGUGUGAUAAGUAAUUGCUUAAAACCAAGAACUAACAUCAUUCUUAUUGGGAAAACACAUAGGACACGUUUCUGAAGCAGAAAUUAAACAAUCUUGGCACCAUUUUUAUUUAUAUAUGAUUGAAGAAGUUUGUCAUUGUAAUAAAACCUUAAUGAACAUUCACAAAAAGAGAAAGAUAAGGAAAGAAAGCAGCACAAAUAUUUUCCAUUAACAUGGCUUUGUAACUAGUGAAACCUAUGGUAUAUAAACUUACAAUAAAAGACUAAUUUAGAAAGUUGCUGGAUAUAAAAUUUUUAAAAAUUAAUCUCAUUUUCAGAUUCCAGAAGUGACAAACUGCAAUUUAAAAAGCAUUUGGGUAUUGGGGCUGGCCCGGUGGCGUAGCGGUUAAAUUUGCUUGUUCUGCUUCAGUGGCCCAGGGUUCACAGGCUCAGAUCCCGGGUGUGACCCGACACACCGCUUCUCAAGCCAUGCUGUGGCGGCAUCCCAUAUAAAGUAGAGGAAGAUGGGCACGGAUAUUAGCCCAGGGCCAGUCUUCCUCAGCAAAAAGAGGAGGAUUGGCAACAGAUGUUAGCUCAGGGCUGAUCUUCCUCAGAAAAAAAAGCAUUUGGGUAUUAAUAUAUAUGAGCCAAUUAAAAAAAAAUUAUACAACUAUAUAGGGAUAAGUUAAGAAAGAUGCUUAUGUAGAAGCAUGUUGAAGGAACUACAACCUACUGUAAUAGAAAAGAAGUAAAUAGAGAGUCUGCAAACCAAAAUUAUAGUCCUCACUUCAUUGCUUACCAGUUUUAUAAUCUUGGGAGAACCACUCCUGGCUUCCGUUUCCCCAUCUAUACAAUACCAACGGGCCGGCCUGGUGGCAUAGCAGUUAAGUUCGAGCGUGCUGCUUCGGCAGCCCGGGGUUCAUGGGUUUGGAUCCUGUGCGUGGACCUACUCACGGCUCAUAAAGCCAUGCUGAGGUGGCGUCCCACAUAGAAGAACUAGAAGGACCUACAACUAGGAUAUACAACUAUGUACUGGGGCUUUGGGGAGAAAAAAAAAAUAAUACUUUGCAGAAUUAAUGUAUACGAUAUCGUGUCCAAGGGAAUGGCAGUAGAUGACAUUAGAAUGUAGAUUUACUGCACUUCGCUUAACAUUCCAGCUGGAUGCUUUAUAUAAUUUGACAGAAUUGUGAUAAAUUUAUAAAUAUAAAUAAGCAAGCAAAGGUAUGUCUUUUUAACUUAGGGAAAAAAUGGGAAUCUCACAUCUUAAAUCCUUAAAACAUGCUAUUAAACAACCUUUCUAAAUAUACUAUGGUACUGAGUAGGAAGUUUAAGACUAAUAAACCAAUUGGAAAGAAAGAAAUAUAUAAUAACUGGUGGAAAGACUGGCCGGAUAUCAGUAUGAAAGAAGGAAUUAGAUCCACUUUACAUAUGCUAAGAAAUUCGUUCCAGAUGAAUUAAAAUGUUAAGCAUAAAGAUAAAAAGACUACAGUUCUCAUCCCAGUAAUGCUACAAAGGAAACUUUAUGGCAAUGAAAAACAUUAUUGACAAGGUAGACGAGAUCAACUAAAAGAAAAAUGUGUACUAAAUAGGAAGACAAAAGAAGAAAUGGGAUAUAAAAAAGCUACUUGCAGUACACAUGGAUAAAGUGCUUAGUGUUUUUUAAAAAGUAGAUGCUAAUCCAUAAGGCUUUCUUCUCUUUACCAGGAAAGUUUAUAAAAGGAUUGAGUACAAAUGAGAAGAUACAAAUAAAAGUUAAUUCUUAGAAUGAUAUUCAGAUUUCCUAAUAUUAAAAAUGCAAAUUGAACAACUUUGACCUGGUUCAUGCUAUUAUAUUAGCAAAAAAGUUUUAAAUGACAUGUGUCCUCAUAGUAACAUUGUUAUAUUAGUAGUUUUGUAAGGAACUAUUUAGAAAAAUAUAAUAAGAACUCUCUAACCAAUCUAUCUUUUAAUAGAUGUAACUCACUUUGAACACCAUAUGCCCAGGAAAAUAUUUAAGAGAAAAAAAUAGCUACUUGUACAAAGAUAUUUCUAGCAAUUCCUUUCAUUCGAGUUGAAAAAAAAAGCCUGAUAAUUGGAAAAUGGAUAAGUACAUUUUGGUGUGUUACUAUUGCUGUCAUAGACUUAUAUACUCAUUAAAUAAUGAUAUAUGUAAAAUUGUAUGGAAAAAAAUGUUUAAACGAGACUCAGAAGUGUUAGAACAUAAAUUAUUGUAUUUACUGAUUAUAUUUGUGUAAAAAUUUAGGUCUCUACAUUGAAGAGAAUCAGAAGAAAACGUAAUUAAUUGGAAUUUAAGGGGUUCUUUAAUUUUUUCUGUAAAAUACUGAUGUGUGCAAUAAAAAAUAAAAGAU